AUGGUCGGGCUUGUUUCCGCUGACGGCUUGGUCGGCUUUCUCUCGGAACCCGAUCCUGAGCUGAAGAUUUUUGCACUCAAAGCUUUGGAUGCACAAGUCGACCUACUCUGGACUGAAAUUGCCGAUUCGAUUGACCGAAUAGAGGCGCUCUACGAAGAUGAGUCUUUCCCAGAACGUGAGCUGGCAGCUUUGCUUGCCUCCAAGGUAUAUUACCACCUUCAGGAAUACAACGAGAGCAUGGUGUUUGCACUCGGUGCUGGCAAACUAUUAAAUUUGGAUCACGGUGGCGAGUUUGAAGAGACGAUUAUAUCGAAAUGUAUCGACACAUUUAUUUCGAUAUCUGCCAGCCCGAAAACCCAGAAUGCCGCCCAAACUGCCAACAAGACUCCUCGCCUGAAUACAUCAUUUCCCCUCACUACAAAUGGAGCGACGAGCACUUCCGCAGGUCUUACCUCCCCUAUUACUCCGUUUUCUCAGUCUGCCCUGCCAUCUAAAUCCCUCCUUUCAAGGAAGGACUCAAUUUCAUUGGAAACCGGUGGCGAAGAUACCGGUGCGUAUCCCAGUGAACUCACGCUUGUUGUCCAGCGCGGUGUUCAGAAACAGCUUCAAGCUGUCAUUGAAAGGUUAUUCGAGCAGUGUUUCCGCGAGAAAAGAUACCGCCAAGUCGUUGGAAUUGCCGUUGAAGCAAAGAAUCUUGACGUCCUUCGUGCUGCUAUCUUGCGCGCAAGUGAGGAUGAGAAGAAAACUGAGGAGUCAUCUCGAAGUGGCGAAGAGCUUAAGGAAUAUGUUUUGGACAUAUGUAUGAGCGUUGUACAGGAAAGGGCCUUCCGAAAUGAAAUCCUCAAAUUGAUUCUUGAGCUGUUAAACGAAAUACCUUCUCCGGAUUACUUUUCUAUCGCGAAAUGCGUUGUCUAUCUUAAUGAGCAUUCAAUGGCAUCAGAGAUACUGCGUCAACUCGUUGAGAAAGGAGAUCCGCGUUCUCUUUCAGUGGCCUAUCAGAUUUCCUUCGACCUGUACGACAACAGCACUCAGGAAUUCUUGAGAAAAGUCCGACAAGAAAUCAGCCAACUUAUUCCCGCUUCAAAUGAGAGUGAAUCUCAAGAUACGGAAGACGAUGGCAGCGCAGCCAAGGAAACCGAUUCUCUACUUCAGAACCAGGAGGGUACAGUCAAUUCAUCAAACAGUCGGAGAUUAGGCAGCAGAGAGGAAAAGUAUAAGCUGUCUGAGGAUGCGCAGGCGGCGUUGAAAUCUAUCGGCGAUAUCAUCGAUGGGGUCAAUUCCAUCCAACUGAAUUUGGAAUUCCUGUACCGAAAUAACAAAGCUGACAUUGCUGUGCUCAACAAGAUAAAGGACAGUUUGGAGGCCCGCAACUCGAUAUUCCACAAUGCCGUCACAUUAUGCAAUGCAUUCAUGCAUGCAGGAACGACACACGAUAAGUUCUUCCGUGAUAACCUUGAAUGGCUCGGAAAGGCCGUUAACUGGUCGAAGUUCACGGCCACAGCCGCUCUGGGUGUGAUCCAUCGCGGAAACCUCACCCAGGGACAGAAACUCUUGGCACCAUACCUCCCCAAAGACAAUAUUGCUGGAGUCGGAGGUUCUGGAUCAGUCUACAGCCAAGGUGGUUCGUUGUACGCCUUUGGCUUAAUAUAUGCUAAUCACGAAGGCUGGGCCGUUGACUUGAUUCGGGAACAUUUUACUAAAGCAACGGAAGAAGUAGUCCAGCACGGGGGUGCCCUGGGUCUUGGCGUUGCGGGAAUGGCUACCGGCGAUGAGGGCAUCUACAAUGAUCUUAAAGCUGUCUUGGAAACCGACUCUGCUCUUAAUGGGGAAGCUGUGGGUCUUGCGAUGGGACUGGUUAUGCUUGGAACUGGCAAUAUGAAGGCGCUGGAGGACAUGAUCCGUUAUGCCCACGAUACUCAACAUGAAAAGAUUAUCCGCGGGGUUGCCAUGGGAAUGGCUCUUAUCAUGUAUGGGCGACAAGAGGCUGCUGAUGAAUUGAUCAACGGUCUCUUGGGUGAUCCCGAUCCUACACUACGAUAUGGUGGUAUUAUGGCUAUUGCCCUUGCCUAUUGCGGGACAGGUAGCAAUAGGGCGGUCAGACGACUCCUACAUGUUGCUGUCAGUGAUGUUAGCGAUGACGUACGGAGAGUAGCUGUGUUGAGUCUUGGAUUCAUCUCUUCCGCAAAGCACCAGAGUGUUCCCCGUAUAGUGGAACUUCUUUCUGAAUCUUACAACCCACACGUCCGUUACGGUGCGACUAUGGCACUUGGAAUAUCUUGCGCUGGAACUGGAUUGGAUGAAGCAGUGGAUCUCCUGGAGCCAAUGUUAAAAGAUCCAACAGACUUUGUGCGACAAGGCGCACUAAUUGCUUUGGCGAUGGUUCUUGUUCAACAAAACGAGACAAUGAACCCUAAAGUCGGCAUCAUCCGCAAGACAAUGCAGAAGAUGAUCACGGACAGACACGAGGAUGCUAUGGCCAAAUUCGGCUGUGCACUUGCCCUCGGAAUCAUCGAUGCAGGUGGGCGCAAUUGCACUAUCAGUCUACAAACACAGACCGGCAACCUUAAUAUGCCUGGAAUUAUUGGAAUGGCCGUUUUCAUACAAUACUGGUACUGGUUCCCGCUUUCGCAUUUCCUUUCCUUGAGUUUCACUCCUACCGCUGUCAUUGGAGUCGACCAGAGGCUGGAGGUUCCUAUUUUUAAGUUCCACAGCAAUACUCGACCAAGCCUUUUUGAUUACCCCCCUGAACAGCAGGUUAAGGCAGACGAAGCGCCCGAGAAAGUCAAAACCGCCGUUCUUUCAACCACCGCUCAAGCCAUACGACGUGCGCAGCGGAGGGAAAAGCAGCAACGUCGGGAAAGCAUGGAUAUCGACCAAACCCCUGCGACUCCCAAGGUAUCGACACAACAUCUCGAUAAGAUGGAUGUCGAUGAGACCGAAGUCAAGACCGAAGAGGAAGGGAACGAUCGUGUGAAGGAGGAAACCCCAACGGAAGCGCCAAAGCGGAAAGCGGAGAAGGAGAAAGUGGGCUACGAGCUGGAGAAUAUGUCUCGAGUCCUCCCAGCACAACUGAAAUUCUUAACCUUCCCUGACCCACGAUAUGAGCCCGUCAAGCGCCCUACCGGUGGAGUCGUUGUCGUCCUGGAUAAGACGCCGUCGGAACCACGUGAGAUCAUCGAGCUCCGGGCCAGCAGGGAGACGAAGCUGGCAGCAGCCGGAGAAACGAUUCAAGAUCGAAUCAAUGCUGCUAUGAGCGCCUUGGAGCAGCCUGCUGUUGCCGGUACAUUUGGUGGAGCAGCAGCGGCGGCUGGGGUUCUUACCGCAGUUGAUGAGGAUGAAGAGGGAGCUGAAGAAGCUCCGGUGCCAAACGAGUUCGAUUAUUAUUCUGAUGCUGCGGAGGAUUAA